AUGCCUGUUGCGGCCCACAGCGAGAGCGGACUUUCAUUUGACGUGUUUGCCGAGGAUGCGGCUUGGAUUGAGUGUGACUACUACUCCCUGAAGGCAAGCAAGGUGGUGUGGACCAGAAAUAACCAAGUGAAGUACUAUGACCUCAAGGAGGAAAGGAUGAUUCUGGAGAUGGAGAUGGACAGGCCUAGAGAAAUCGAGAUAUCUGACAACGGUAGCAAUGUGGGAGUACUCAAUGGAAAGGGAGAGAUGAUUGUGUUUGGAAGGAACGGCAUCAGCCUAAGGAUGCAGAAUGUGUCCAAGUUUAGGAUUUCCGACCUUCUGGUUGCAUAUGUCUCGAGCUCCUCGUUCUACAUCCACCAGAUUGAUGGAGAUAGGAUAGAAGAGCAUCCAUUCCACAACUCCAGGGUCUCCAUGCUGGAGUUCUCCAUCUCCGGCGAGUUUGUUUUUCUUGCCACAAAAAAGCUGGAGAAGGACGGAAUGCACAGAGUCCUGAGGAUAGGAAAGAACACGGUAGAGGUUCUUCACAGCCUAAAGGAGCUCCAGGGGUUUUCGUUAAAGACACACGUGUCAAACAAGUACACGCUGCUUCUCCUGAUGACGUCUUAUGUGAACAACAGCUACUUUGCAGAGUCUGAGCUGUACCUCUACGACACUGAAAAGAGGUCUUUCAAAGGGCUUGGAUAUUCUCCUGUCCACUCAUACACCUUUCUCUCGAGCGGGUUUGCAGUGUGCCAUGGACCGCAGCCCAGUAGCGUUUCGGUUCAUGGUCUUGAUGGCAAGCUCAGGUACAACUUUCCAGAAGGGACUAGGAACAGAAUCUUCUUCAAUCAGCAUGAAAACAUUGCGGUGUUUGCAGGAUUCGAUAAUCUUUCCGGUGACAUAGAGGUAUUUCAUGUUCCAUCAAGAAAGCUUAUGGCGAGGUUCAAUGUGCUCGGAGCCUCGCUGGUUGAUUGGAAGGAGAGUGGAUCGUACUUCUACGUCUCUACGACAAGCUAUUUCCAGGAAGACAAUAAAAUAACGCUUUAUGACUACUAUGGAAGAAAGGUGGAUGAAAGGCAGUUUAAGUCUUUGUUCUCUGCCUGCGGAUAUGGAGAAGAGGAGAGAUUUGUCGAGCUUGAGAAGCCGGAGAAGCUGACCAUCGAGAAGCAGGAGAAGUACGUUCCUCCCUCUAUCCAUACCUUUGUACCAAAGGCGGUCUCGAGAAGCAGUGGGCCCAGAAAGAAGGAGCCAGUGGAACAGAAGCCGAGGAGGAGCAGAGACGAUCUCUUGAAUGUCCUCAGAGAGAUCGAGGCUCUGAAAGACAGAAUGAGAAGCGGAGAGGAGCUGUCCGUAAAGGAGCUGAAUCUGAUUCUGAAGGAGCCUAGGCUGAAAAGCGAGCUUAAGGGUCUUGUGGAGUAG